ACGCGCGGUUGUAAAGAGUGAGAGAGAGCGAAGAGCGCCGGCUCGGCCGCCUGUCAGUGUUCGUUGGCGCUUCCUGCCGGGCUAGCGGGGUCGCCUAGGAGACGGCCGCGGUCGCGCCGACGGAGCCUCCCCAUGGCAGCGGCGGCAGGCCAGGGUGGGGCGAUGGGCCCUCUGGUGGGGGCCAUCGACCAAGGGACCAGCUCCACGCGCUUCUUGGUUUUUAAUGCAGACACAGCUGAAUUGUUGAGUCACCACCAAGUAGAAAUCAAACAGAAAUUUCCGAAAGAAGGGUGGGUAGAACAAGAUCCAAAGGAAAUACUACAAUCUGUCUAUGAAUGUGUGGAAAAAACAUGUGAGAAACUGAACCAUCUGAAUGUAGACAUUGCCAAUAUAAAAGCUGUUGGAGUUAGCAAUCAGAGAGAGACAACUGUGGUUUGGGACAAACUAACUGGAGAACCUCUCUAUAAUGCUAUUGUGUGGCUUGACCUAAGGACCCAGCCCACAGUUGAGAGGCUGCUUAAAAGAAUUCCAGGGCAGAAUAAAUCCUUUUUAAAGAGUAGGACUGGCCUCCCACUUAGCACGUAUUUCAGUGCUGUGAAGCUUCGCUGGCUGCUAGACAACGUGAACGAGGUCAGGCAAGCAGUUCUGGAGGAGCGAGCUCUGUUUGGUACAAUUGAUUCAUGGCUGAUAUGGAGUUUGACAGGUGGAAAAGAUGGAGGUAUUCAUUGCACUGAUGUAACAAAUGCUAGUAGAACAAUGCUAUUCAACAUUCAUUCACUGGAAUGGGAUGAGGAACUGUGCAAAUUUUUUGAAAUUCCUAUGAAAAUACUUCCCAAAAUACGGAGUUCGUCUGAGAUUUAUGGAUUAAUGAAAAUCUCCCCUAACCUGAGUUCUGGAGCUUUGACUGGUGUACCAAUUUCUGGGUGCUUAGGUGACCAGUCUGCUGCUUUAGUGGGACAAAUGUGCUUCAAAGAUGGCCAAGCAAAAAACACGUAUGGAACAGGCUGCUUCUUACUCUGUAAUACAGGACAAAAGCCUGCACUUUCUGAACAUGGCCUUCUGACCACAGUGGCUUAUAAACUGGGCAGAGAUAAACCUGUAUGUUAUGCAUUAGAAGGCUCUGUUGCCAUAGCUGGUGCUGUUGUUCGUUGGCUGAGGGACAACCUUGGUAUUGCAAAGUCUUCAGAUGAAGUUGAGAAGCUUGCUGCUGAAGUAGGCACUUCUUAUGGCUGCUACUUUGUCCCAGCAUUCUCAGGAUUAUAUGCACCAUACUGGGAACCCAGUGCAAGAGGAAUAAUCUGUGGCCUUACUCAGUUUACAAAUAAAAACCAUAUUGCCUUUGCUGCACUAGAGGCUGUCUGCUUUCAGACACGUGAGAUACUGGAUGCAAUGAACAAGGAUUGUGGCAUACCACUAAGCCAGUUACAAGUCGAUGGAGGGAUGACCAACAACAAGAUCCUUAUGCAGCUCCAAGCUGACAUUCUCUGUAUUCCAGUAGUAAAGCCAUCUAUGCCUGAAACUACAGCACUGGGAGCAGCUAUGGCAGCAGGAGCUGCAGAAGGAGUGGGAGUCUGGAGUCUAAAUCCUGAUGACUUUACUGCAGUAACUUGUGAACGUUUUGAGCCACAAAUCAAUCCUGAGGAAAGUGAAUAUCGCUAUACCAGGUGGAAGAAGGCUGUUAAGAAGUCAAUGGACUGGGAAACAUCAGAACCUCAAGGAAAUUGUGAAACUAGUAUCUUCUGUAGUCUGCCUUUGGGCUUUUUUAUAAUGAAUAGCCUGUUAAUGUUAAUCGGAGCAAAGUACAUCUCAGGGAAUUGCAAAUGAAGCUCCUUAAUGGAUUUCCAGGAGACCACAACAUCUGAAGAGAAUCUGGUGCUCUCUUCUGUUGUGACGGCAUUGUUUUGACUCAGUUUAUUGUCAAAAUAAUAUGUGUGACCAUUUAGGGAAGGAUGAAUAAGGAACACACACAACAUUGCUGCCACCUGUUCCCUGCUUAAAUAUACGCUGGACAGAAGCCUAGGUUCGCUUCCUUAUCUGCCAUCACUCUGUUUAUACAAUUUGACCUGGAAGAUAGCCAUAAGCAAGUUAGAUUUUGAAAACAUCUUACUGAUCAAACAUUUGACAUUAUAUACACAAAUGUAAAAUCAUGGUGGCUUUUUCCAGUUCCUAGAAAACCACCCAUAACAAUGUCCACUGCCUGCCAAACCAUCUCUGUAGCGACUGAGGGAGCAACAACUGUUUUUUAACAUGAUCAUCAUUUAUUAUUGAAGUAUCAGUGGUGCUGUUUUCUUAAACACCGCCUUCUGUUUGUUGAUUUUUGUCUCUUCCGUUCAUGUUCAUUAUGUAGGAGUACUGAAGACUCUAAAAAUCUGUAAGUGCCAGAAGCUUCUUGGCUAAAGGAGUUUGAGUUUUUCAGAAUAUACUUUAAAUAUACAGGCUUUCAUAUAUACUGACAAGCCAAAGACCCAAGAAACAAGGAAGCAACAUAUUUGAAGGACGGUAAUAGCCAACAGUAAAAAUUAGACAGCAAGGUGAAAAGACAUAAGAAGGUUUAAAUAGCGAAACUUGCCAUGUUUUCUCUUGGAAGGUACAGUCUCAAUGAAACUUUCUGUGGCUAGCUUGUGUAGGACCUGGUGGUGGGAAAUUGGAUUUUUUAACUGUAUGUCAUUUCAAAGACUGGACCAAAAGCUUCCCCUUAAAUCUUAGCAAGUAGCAUUAUGGGGAGUGGCAGUUACAUUUCUUUGAUGAAAGCACCAAGUAUCCAAAUAUGAGCAAAAUAUGUGUAAGCCACAAAGUUCAAAAUUAAUGUGUUUCAAAAUACCACCGUCUGCAACUUGCCAGGGGAGAAUUGUUUGCAUUUUUCUUGUUAAUAAAAAAUAUCACUUGGACCCACCACCACCCUUCCAGCUCCACACCACACAUGCAUACACACACACACUGCUAGUGCAUAGGCCAGUCAUCUUCCCGAUCUUAAAAAAAAAAAUGGUAUCAACAGAGAAAUGGUGGGAGCAGGGUGGUGGAGAAUAGAUGAGUAAGGCCAGCAAAGGAGAAUACCCUUUUUGAAGUUUCCUAUCUGAUGAAGUUUUGUCAAAGGCCACCUUCCAAUUCCUCCCAGGUCCAAGCAUGUCCCAAGUAUCCUUUUCUCUUACUGCUAGUCCUGUCUAUAGCUGUGAGGACCUUUGCUUUCCAUGCCACUAAAAUAAGUUGUAGGCAAGAAGUUGGUCAAUGUACUUGAAGAUGUCUCAAAUUUGAUGAAAUAUACCUGCAAAAUUUUGCAAAAAGUUGUACCCAUGAAAUAAAUAAUAUAGCUUACUUCCUGCCAUAAAAUCUCACACUAGUGAGUAUUCCAAUAAAUAGAAAAGGCUUGCUGCUAUUUUUCAAUAUGAAAUCACCUGAUCCGAUGGCUCAGUCUGUGAACAUUUUGAAUGACAGUAAUAUUGCUACAUAUGUGCACUAGGAGCUAAAGGGAAUAUGCAUGUUCAAAAUGUUUCCAUGUCUGUCUUGUGUGAAGUUGCCUUCACUUUUAGAGAAUGUGUGCGGUGCAUCAUUUAGAACAGCUGUCCCCCAACUUGGUGCCCUCUAGAUAUUUUAGCUGACAGCUUCCCAGCAUUCCUAACUGGAGCUGAUGGAAGUUGUCACCAAAACAUCUGGAGUGCAGGAGGUUGGGGAAAGCUGAUGUAGGAAUUUACUGAAAUUUAAAGGGAUUGAAAGGAUUUUUAAGUCUUUACAAAAUAUUUAAUAUAACUACGUUCUCAUUAAGUGCAAUGUAAUUGACUUUUGAUACUGUUUCGCAUGUGUGCUUUGGUGUGAAAUGUAGGAUGCUCUCGACAACUUUUCAUUGUUGCCGCUUACAUGUAACCCGAGAGAUAAAUGUCUCAGCAAGUAACUGAGCACAAUUUAAGGUUCUUUUGUUUAUUGAGUUGAUCUAUAUGUGUCAAAUUGAGAGUGAGAUUUGUGAAACUUCAAAGCUCCACUCUGCAUGUACGGCAUAGGCGUCAUAUGGAAAGCCAACAGUUUCCAUGCCUACAUGAUUCGUGUGCUAAUACAGCAUAGAAUCUUCAUUUCAUGGGCUGCACAGUUAGAUGAAAGAGGAGGAGAGCUUUUCUGAAGGUAGUCUUUAGUGGCACAGAUAUGUUGCCUGUUCCUAUUAAUUGCACUAGGAAGUCCAUGAGGUAGACACAGAUGUAGGAUAAACAUCUUACAGUACUGGGCUUCAGAGAUGCAAGUUGUGCCAAAUUCUAAUCCCCCUUUUCCAAAUAAAUUCUGAAACAGCAAACCUUAAAUGAACCUUAAAAUCACUUGUUUCUUGGGCUGCCAUAACUUGUGUCCUGCUGCUACUUUAUAUGGCAUACCAUGAUGAUCAGUUUCAACUACAGUUUCUGGGAGAAUAUAGGACAUUAAAUUAUUUUUCUGAAAUUAUAAUUAUAGUUGCAAUUUUGUAAAAAUGGACCUAAUUCUACUUUUUCUACAAAACAGAAUUAAAUUAACUGUGGAAACUUUGUUCACUUUUUGUGAAUAGAAAACUGUGAUUUUGUUUUCUAUUAUACUUUUAAAUUCUUAAAUGGACACACUAAAAAUAUGUAACAGUAACACUGGUUGCUUUUGCACAAUUAGGAAUAAAUGUGACAUAAUCUUGUCCUUGAUCUUGUUUUCAAUUAUGUUUGCAAUGGAAUCCAUGAAUAAAAUAAAAAUGAAA